UUCCGGCCGGCUUCGACCUCCGUUCACAAGUUAGCUUAAAGCGAAAUCUGUCAGUCUUUCGCUGUCAUCCAUGAGUUAUUACGGACAAAUAUUUCUAUAUUGUAAAUAAAUCCAGUCGGUAAAAUGUCUGUGGCUUGUCUGAGCAGAAAUGUUAUGGCUUUUAGGCGUCCUGGUAUGAUGAUGAUGGUGCGGUACGCUCAGACUGCAGCCGCUCCGGCUCCUGCACCCAGGAUCAAGAAUUUCCAGAUUUACCGCUGGGACCCGGACACCCCCGGAGACAAACCACGAAUGCAGACAUACGAAAUUGAUCUCAACACUUGUGGUCCAAUGGUUCUGGACGCCCUCAUCAAGAUCAAGAAUGAAAUUGAUCCCACGCUCACUUUCAGACGUUCCUGCCGUGAGGGUAUCUGUGGCUCAUGUGCCAUGAACAUAAACGGAGGCAACACUCUGGCAUGCCUUAACAAAAUCAACACCGACAACGACAAACCCAUUAAAAUCUACCCUCUGCCACACAUGUAUGUCGUGAAAGAUCUGGUGCCUGACAUGAGCAACUUUUAUGCACAGUACAAAUCCAUCGAGCCGUACCUGAAAAAGAAGGAUGAAAGUCAGGAGGGGAAGGAGCAGUAUUUCCAGUCAGUGGACGACCGACAAAAACUGGACGGCUUGUAUGAGUGCAUCCUUUGUGCUUGCUGCAGCACCAGCUGCCCCAGCUACUGGUGGAACGGAGACAAAUACCUGGGACCUGCUGUCCUCAUGCAGGCGUACCGAUGGAUGAUUGACUCCCGUGAUGAGUUCACCGAGGAGCGUCUGUCUAAACUCCAGGACCCCUUCUCGCUCUACCGCUGCCACACCAUCAUGAACUGUACUAGGACUUGCCCCAAGGGUCUGAACCCAGGAAAGGCCAUCGCAGAGAUCAAGAAAAUGAUGUCGACCUACAAAGAGAAGAAAGCAGCAGCUUUAUAAACAUCUAGGAAUGAAACCGGCUCAAAAUUCUCUUCUUAAACUUCAAAACUGAGCUGGAGGGAAAAAAGACGAGCCAACCUCAAAGUUUUUUGCUACAUUAGCACCUUUUAAAAACGUUUUUCUGACCUGUUUGUGUAAAUGUUUUUCAGUGUUAUUACCUAAAUAGACUAAAAACACAAAGAGUGCUUUGUAAAUUACCCCAAAGUGAAAUGUAUUUGAAAUAAAUCAACAGGUUUGCAUGGUUGAUGGGAGCUCAGUUUGUGAAAUAUGCAAAUAAUGUUUGAUCAGAAAACUGCUUUUGCUAAUUCUGUUCC